UUGUGAGUGCUGUCACUUUUACAGCAGAAAAUGAAAAGGUGGCAGCCGUUUAUAGUGCGUCGAGUGGCUUUGUAAUUUGGUUUGAGCCGAUAAUUCGGUGAUAUCGAUCAACGAUCUACAACCGGCUGGCUAUUAUUUGACUCAGUAUUAUAAUGGUGAGUUGUUUACGUUAUACUUCAACGGUUGGUUCAAUAUGUUAACGCAGAAACGAACAGCUUUGAAUAUUGUAAACCGUAUUUCUCAAAUUCAGCAGUCGAGUCCCGCGCAGGAGUUUGUAAGCAUUGUGCGCGCGGUGCUCUAAAUUGCUUGAUCUUUUGUUUGUUAUUUACAAUUCCGGACUCGUUAAAUUGCGCUUUUUAUGUGACUUUUAGAGCUAAGAUUUGCAUAUUUUUUUCCACUGUUCAAUCAAACCAUUCAUUUGAACAAGGUGGGGUAACGACUGUCCAUAAGUUUAGACGAAGCUUCAUUUUCGUCGAAUCGACGGAGAGCGCGCGAGCGGGAAAGCCUUCAUCCAUUGAAGAUUAUGCAGUUCUUAAGAAUUGCUGGUGAUGAUGUGCCAAAAACCAAGAAAAAGCGGGCUCCAAAGGUACAGAAAGUACACCAGUUUUGUUUGUGUUUUGUGUGUGGCUUCCUCAUAAGUACUACUGUGCUGAAGUCCAUAUUAGCAGGAAGAUUAUUUGUUUAAAAUUGCUCUGAAAGACAAAAAGUGUCGAUUGUCUUUGCCAUGGCAAGUUUGUUGAAGCGUUGAGUUACUUGGAAGUUUUAUUCGCAUUUUGAGGCCAAUCACAGCAUAAUUCGGCGGUAUGAUCACUCUUUAGUGAGGCAAUAUGGAAGGCAGAUCAAUCUCUUGUUCAAGCGUAAUAUGUUAUUGGAAUAUUGCCAACAUUGUACAUUGCUGAAAUCGAAGCUGACUCGCUCCUUAGUAACAACUUUCAUUCUGCAUGCAUCGUUGAUCGUGAAAACGAAUUCGCUCUAAUUUUUUCUUUUUUUUUUUGUCUCUUUUUAAUUUCUGAUCUAAAUUAAGCAUCGAGGAGCUUUUUACACCUGCCUUCUUCAGUAGUUUUAUAAUUAACAUUUGGGUGAAUUAUGUAAAAAGCAAUUCCCUUUUAAUUCACAGUAUUGUGUCAGACAACAAUUAUUUGUUAAAUAUUUCUUUUCACAAACCCAGCCACAAGGGGUAUACGUUUCUAAUUGGGAGAAGCGAUUAAAAACAGUUUAACUCUGGAAUAUCCUAAACAUAUAUAGCCUGCAGUUGUGGUGAGAUAUCUACCAAGUCAUUUCAUCACAACUUUUAUAAAUUCUUUUCUAACAUUUUGGCCUAUAAUUUGACUACCUUGGGUAGGUUGCUAUGCGAACCUAACCAAACCAAGCUGUUAUUUGACAUUUAAAAAAUACGUGAUCGCUUUGUUUUUUUGUCGGUGGAUAAGAACACUUGUUUUUUGCAAACACCAAGGGUAGUGUGAGAACUUGGCAUGUGGUUCUGAAUCAGUGAUCUGUUUAAAACAAAUAUUAUAAACUGCGACAAAGUUGGUGAACUGAGUCGCAACAGAGUUUUAUCAUAGGAGGAAGCGCAUGUGCAGCAUGUGAAAUGCUCACAUAAAUUAAGCUCUUUCACACAACAAUAAGUCUCCCUAGAACACCUUAAGCCGCAGACCCAAAGAUAUAUAUACUAAAAGCCGUAGAUUUGUAAGUUCUUCAGCAGUAAUUCAUAAUAUCUAAGUUGAACUCUCAGUAAUGUUGCAAGAUUUAGCUGGAAGUACAUCUUCCUAAUGAAAACUUUUCAUUCCUUAAAAAAUGUCAAAAAUAUAACUUUUAUUUAAAUUUCAAAUAAUUUUCUUUGUGGUGUUAAUGGUUUCCAAGACAUACAUUUGGUAUCGUUAAUUUGCAUUGCAAAGCUAAGUCUCAGUGGUUUUUCGUGUUUAAAAAUAGCAGGCAAGUGUGAAUGGAUCUGUAAAUUUUAUAUAUGGUUACCAAAAGUAUCGUAUGGCUUUUUUUAAGCAAACAUUAACCAGAAAAUGUUAAAAUAUUAACACAUUAAAUUUGUUUCUGUCCAAAAUGAGACAGUUACAAGCAUCAUGUAAAUGUUGUUAGCUUGUAUAUCGAUGAAGAGUCUCUGGCGUGAAAUAAUUACUAUGGAACUAGAUUUUUGAAAUACAAUAUUAAAAUGAAGAUACAGUUGAAUCCCACUAUUUCAAACUCUCUAGGGAAACAAAAAAUAGUUCAAAAUAGUGGAUAGUAGAUGACUGGAAAGCAAUUCCAAGGGAAAUGGUUUUGAGUUUGAAAUAACGGGGAAUUCGAAAUAACCAAGUUCGAAUUAGCAGGCUCCAGCUGUACUUGGCGAAAGGGUGAUCAUUUUGUCAACCAUAUUGCAUUGCCAGGGUUGUCACAAAGUUUUAAAGUGGGUGGGUGGGUGGACAGCUAAAAUCAUUGCUUGAGAGGGUGGCAAAUUUGCCAUCAUGCUAAUUAUCAGACAUUGCUCAGCAGGGUAGCUAGCCAAAAUUCUGAAGUAGAUUGUGGCUUUUGGUGACAGUCAGUCUACUUUUACACAAUAUUACAUAGCACACACUAGAUGAGUUGUGCUAUGGAAAUGUGAUAUAAUGAAGGGCCAAGGGACUGGCAAAAUAUACAGUCNUUGGCUCUGAAUAUUACUUGGAAGUGAAGAUAAUUACAAAGUAUUUUAAGUGAAAAUUCAACCAUGGUCACAUAACUAGUAAGUCUGCGUGAAUGAAAGUCCAUUAAAAUCUCAUUUUGAUACAUAUUUUUGAAGCCACAUAUUUUCUUUAUUUCCCAGUUGGUUGUACUAUUGCACUCAGUUUACUAAUGGCACUGCCGAUAGCUAUGGUUAUUAUGGGUGCCAAGUACAAGGAUGACUGUCCCGUUGAGCCAUUCAUUCCUAUUUACCUCAUCGUUGGAGGAUCUUUUGGAAUGUUAAAAACUAUUAUAGUUCUUUGUCAACGAGCUAGAACUCACGAAGAUGACAUUGACAUGGACGAAGACCAAUCAAUGUCCACAAAAUUUAUAGAUGGUGUUUUGAAUCUGUUCUUGUUCACGUGGUUUAUUGCUGGGAACAUCUGGGUAUACAGCAAGUACAGACCAAAUCCAUCUCCUCCACCAUCAGAUCCACUGAACUAUUGCAAUCCAACACUCUAUUUGUUUGCGUUUUGGGUGAUUACAGCAAGUUACAUCCUCAUGGGAUCAAUAUGUUUCUGUAUAUGUUGUCUUGGAGUGUGUGCAAGUUGUACCGCUUUUUUUGUUACUGCCAAAGACUGAGGAUUACAAUGUGAAAGGUCUCUGUUAUUUUGUGUUUGAACACUCGGUGUUAUAAUUUAUUGUAAACCUUUUUAAUAUGUGAUGGAGAUACAAA